CUUAAAUGCUUGUUCAGUUUGCUUGGUGUCUUAGCUAUGGGAAGAGUAUGCACUUUUGUGGUGUUUGUUUUCCUUGCACGGUGUUUUAAAAUACAAGGACGGGAGCAGCAAGGUAAGAGAGAUGUAUGUCACUUAUUUUUAUUAUUAAACGGGCGGUUUUCAACACUGUCUGACAACCUUUUGUCUGAAAUAAAACUCUUACUCUGAUAUACUGUUAAGGAAAUUCACCGUUCGUCAUUAUUAUUUAUCCUUGCUGCACAUGGGCUAAUGCUGAUUCGCCUUUUGACAUUUUCUCAUCAACAUUGGAUUAAUCGUAUCUCUAAGGAUAGCAUCUCUUAAGUCAAAGCGAUAGGUUAACGCAUUUACCUGACGGGGGGCCGUUUAACUUAUAGUAUGGAUUGACCGUCUGUGAAAACAUACCAGACAACUGACAUAAUUGUGCGCCACCUCAAUGCUCCCCCUUGUUGGGUUUUCAUAACUAAAACUUUAGACGUAGUUGAUUCAAAUUGUUUGUUUUGAAACGAAAUAUAGAUAGAUAGUUAGGGACUAUUUUCUAUAGAUUUUAAGAAACGUUUGUCAAAAUAUCAAGAUAUCUUUUAGAAUUUCUAGGAGGAUUGGUUCGCGCUAUUUUACGUAAUAUUUGUGUUCAGGCCAUAUAUGCUUACAUCAUCAUGUUAUAGAAAAAGCAGAAGAAGAUUGAAGCUGCUCGCCUUUUUUUGUGUCUAACCAUUUUGGAAAACCUUACUGUGGCGAGAAGCAGUUUCCUUGAAGAUUAUUGUAAAAAGCAAUGUUCAGGAAAAAAAAAAAAAAAGGUCUAAAUCUCCCUGAAUACGUUGCGUAUCUUCAAAUUUUCAUAAUUCGACCGCAUUUUCAAGGUUUACCGUAACAUUUGAGUUUUCUCAUAUAACUUAGGAAGCAUUGUGAAUACGGUCAAACAGGAAAAACUGAGCGGAAACUCGUCGGUUUUUAUUAUUACAUAAGGUUUUUAAUUAUUAUUAUCAUUGCUAUUAUUAUUCAGUUCUUGGCUUUAGAAAAUCCAAGAAACAUGUUUUUUUUGUUUGUUUGUUUGUUUGUUUGUUUUUUUCACAUAAAAUAAUAUUAGCUUAGACAUCCAGCUCUAAGCGUGGCAUUUUUACACAUUGUAAUUUUUAGGAAUAUGUCCGAAAAACUGGUUCAAGUUAAAUAACGAGUCAUGCUAUCAUAUCUUUAACUCGCAUCUUAACUGGGAAGCAGCAAAAUCUGCCUGUGAGGAACUAGGAUCCACUCUUGUCAUGGUAAAAUCAAAAGCUGAACAAGAGGCACUCUCUCCCAGAAUUAUAUCGGAGCGCGUUUGGAUAGGAAUGCACAGAUACAACGGUACCUCACCUUGGUUUUGGGUUGACGGAACACAGGUUACAUACACCAACUGGGGAUCUGGAGAACCCAAUAACCUGGACAACGAGCUCUGUGUAAUGAUUUGGCCUCCGUCAUUCCCAUUUAAAUGGAAAUGGAAUAACCAGAGGUGUGAAGUUGCUUACCACUACGUGUGCGAAGUCUCCGGUAGGUAAAUCAAGACGCGGUAGUUGACGUUUUUGGGGUAGGCUAUACUUAAACGCUGAUAAUUAGAUCAUAAAAAGAUGUUGUAAAACAAUUUCUGUGAAGUUUCGCGGUGUUUUUAUAUAUAUAUAUAAAGUUUUUUUUCGAUCAGAUGAUCAUUACUUUUGGCUUUUAUAUUCUGGUGCGUGUUCUGAUUAGCAUAACAGUUGUCGAAUUUCAGAGGAAAAAAAAAACAGUUUCCGCCAGACAUUAGAGACCUUAAGACCGAAGCUUGGCCAUAUAAUCUACCGCAAAAGGAAAUCCGCGGUUUGCAGUUAGCGGUUUCACGCUAUCCGUCUGCCCAUAUUUAGGAAUUAAGAUUCGCGGGUGGUAGCUUGCGGCUGCCAUGUUUCAUUUUUAUUCAUUCGUUCACUUCUAUUUUAGCUGAGAAAGGUCGACAUUUAAUUAGCGAAAGAGUUCUAAAAAGGAUUAUUUUCUCUCAAACAUGGGAUUGUGAUGUUUUAGGGUACGAAAAAUCUUGCGGUAAAUCACUUACCUCUGGAGCGUGAUCUAGCCGUACAAACUUGAACCUCAAACAGCAAACCUGACGGCAAGAUACUGGCCAUGUGACUUCUUGACGUUUGCGGUUCGCAGGAACUGCGAAAAACCUCAAUCUUAAGGUCUCUAUUGUUUUCCCUUUCCCAUGCGUAUCACGAGACGGUUUUAGCAAAUCAAUAAUUGAGAUAGAUGGUGUGACGUACUACAGGAUUACAUAAUAACGAUUUCAAUUGAUACCCCUGGGCCGUCUGGAGUCCCAUAUCGCUAUUUCAAAUCUCAACAUUGAUGUCAGAAUCCUCGCUCAGAGUCAUUGUAUUGCCAUCAUUAGUCUAUCCUUACUUUGAACUUAACUUUGAACAAGAAAAAUAAUUCGCAAAUCUUUGUUAAUCAAGCAAGAAACUGGAUGAUGGUUUUGCUGUUCUCAUUGGGGGUGGGGGGGGGGUGUGUCUAUUAGACAGGGGGCGUUUAUCAGAGAGGGCGUCUAAAACAAAUAUAACUUUGUAAAUGGAGCGUUUAUUAGAUCAUUAUUUCAGGUUUUUUAGUUGAUAAAUCGUUCAAUCUUAUUCUAGUAAUAUAUUAAUCUAGCACCUGCAUCCAGCAUUACCGAGUUAAGCUACUACCUGUGGAAAUAGACGAAAAGUAAUACUAUUCGUUGUCUUGAACAACGAGUUUUAAACUUGAUAGAUAACACUGUGUCUCAUAAUUUCCAAUUUAAAUGGAAGUUAGUUUAAAGGACAGGUCGAUACAAACUAAAUACUUGAUAAAUCGCUUUCAUCUCUUACAGAGGAUUAAUGGCGAAACCUUAAUUUGCUUAUCGUCAAGCAUGCACCGCAAUGACAACAACUUGAACCUCGACGUUGUAUGAUUCAAUUUAUUUUCCAGGAAUACAAGGCAUUAACUUGAAUGCAUCCAAGACGGUACUGAAAGUGGGAAGCGCUAUUGAAAUAAGCUGUACCGUGAUUGGUGGGCUAAUCAACCCAUAUAUCACUUGGUUUAAAGGGAGUGAAAUGAUAGUAUUAAGCCAUCGCAGAAAUAUUACGACGGAUAAACGCCAAUCUCGUUUGACCAUAACGAAUGCAACUGCAAAAGAUGAAGGAGUAUACCAUUGUUAUACAAGGUAAACCUCUUGACUAAACAGCUAUUGUGUGGUUGGCCAUUUAAGCAUUAAUUAUUAUUAUUAUUAUUAUUAUUAUUAUUAUUAUUAUUAAUGAGCACUAUUCAACACGCAUUUUGACCUAGGGCCUACUGAUCGACAAUGAACUACUUUAAGCUCCUAAAAUAUGUCAACAAGAUUUGGUUUCUCUCGAAGCCAAAAUUCGAAGAUAAUUUGAAGCCCUUUACUCCCGAUCCGUCCCCCGGGAAAUGCAUGAAAUUCGGGCAAGUCAGGCUAGAAAAAGUUGUUCCUUUGACCUCAAAUUUGAAAGAGUUUUGCCUUUAAGAAUCUAAACAAUUAAGAGCUCGAUUUUUUUUUUCUCAGAAAACGCUUUUGUUGAUAGGCUUGCGUACCUGAAAUGCUACUGAACCCUUAAAAAGGUUUAAUUUUCAGUCGUAAACUAAGUUGUCUGGCAAGAACAGUUUAAAUUUGCGAAAAAAACAAAAAAACAAAAACAAAAAGUGAAACAAAACAAAAAGGGUGAUCCGGACACUGGUAUUUAAAAAGUGAUCUGUUGAUACCAGUGCAAUAAGGAAAAGUUAUUAGUCUGGUCACUUCUGAGUCCAAAGCAUUUGGGCUAAACUUCUGAAUAACAUAAUAAAGCAAGCAAUUAGAUUGGACGUGCAUGUAGAGGCCGAAAACAGCACAUAUUUCAUUUUUGUUUGUUUGUCUAGUUAUUGUUUGUGUCACUUUCAGGUAUAAUAGUGACUAUUUCCCAAAGUGAAAAAAAAAAAAUUGCAUGUUGUCCACUCAUGCUAUGGAUUUCCGAAACGAUUUAAACCAUUUACAAGAAUUCUUAGUAGGUUAGUUUCAAUCUAACAUCGAUGGAGGUAAUAAUGGUUUUCUAUCUUUACUUUUAGCGCAGGGCAACAAAACAUCGGUGAGUCAGUUACUAUUUGGGUAGACCCGCCUGUGCACCUUAUAAAACCGCGAGUCAUGACCAAACGAGUCGGUAAGUUUCCUAUUCUCGCUGUAGCAAAAGCUUAACCAGAUUACUGCGUGGAGGUGUUUUUAGUUACUUAAUGACAGAAGAGAAAAUCGCAAAUGUUCCCUUCCCCGUCUUGCUUUCGAGAAUAUUAAUAUUAAAGCAAUGACAUUAAAAUAAAGGCAAUCAAGGCUAUUGUUGCGCCACAAUGUGUUUACGUUAUUAUUGAUCACUUGAAUCAAUGACGUCAUAUGACGUGGGACCAAAAUUAUGCCAGGCAAGAGCCAAAGUUUAGCAAGCAAGAGAUAAAAUGAUUUCAUUUAAUCUAAUAUAAUUUUAAAAGUAAUUCUCGUUUUGAUUUAACACAGAAUUUAAUUAAAUAGAUUAAACUAAAAUAAAAGUAACAAAUCUGGUUGCUAUUAAAUAUCCAAUGUCAUUAUAAAAGUUUGUAAGCACAAAAUGUUAGGAGACAAGUUAUGAAAAAUCCAAAAGCCAUUUGGUUUAGUUAGGUCUGUUUUAUCUUGCUCAAGAUAGGUUAUUAAUGUCGAUGUUAGAUCAAAGAAGUCAACUCGUUAAUGGCUACAGGUUACUCCAGAGUCAUGUCGAGGGCUAGGGAUUCUCACAAGUUCUUUGUUCUAUUUACCUUGUUUUUUUUUUGUAGGGGAACAAGCUAUUUUUAUCUGUAAUGUGAGCAGUGGAUCCAGCAGUGUAACUAACGUAUCUUUAGUAGAAGUCACAGAAGUUAACAGCGAGUCAUCCACGUUGGACAAACACCAACAAAAAUUCCUUGAUAAUAGUAUUUUGUCUUCCUACCAUCAAGUGAGCUUCUCGAUAACUAACCUACAAAUUCCUGAGGGAAGGAAGAUUCAAGUAAGGCAAUUCAUCUGUGAGGUGAAAUAUCGAGACCACACAUUCAGAAGCGAAUUAGCAGAUCUAAUCAUUUUGCCGCCUUCACCUGAACAGCUUGACCCAAGUACAGUUUGUUUAUUUAGUUAUUUAUCUAUCUGUUUAUUUAUUUAUUUACUUAUUUAUUUUUGUGAACUUAUCUUUAACUAGAGCCUCUUCCCUUUCAAAGCUCUUCGUUAGUUCUUUAGACAAAUUUUGGAAACAUUUGAUGACUUAAAUGUAAUACUAUGGCUACGAAAUGGAAAAAAAUUGCUACCAAAAGGCAUUUUUUCUCAGUUUCUUGCACUUUCUUUUUGAUACGGCCCCAAAAUUGCACAGAAUAAUGUACCCAAUAUUUCCAAAAUCAAGGUAUGAUUUUAUUGACACAAUGAGGUAAUGUGAGGCCAUUAUGACGCCAUAUUAUUGAAUGCGUAUUGGCAGAACCCAAAUUUCAUCAAUUUUUCAUAAAAGUAGCCACAAAGCGCAAAAUACUUAAUAAUUAGUAAGGCUUCUGGUAAAAUUAUGAGGGCUCGCCGGCACAUUAAUAAUCUUUAGUAAUAGCAGUCAUGUCACUGUGACGUCAUAAGAACCACGACGAAGAUCACGACAACGACGUCUGCUGACUGGGAAAAGACUAGAACGAGAACGUCAGUUUCGGCGGGAGGUCGACGACGACGACACUGAAUGUAAACACAAAUGUAAAACUGUGAUGUUCGUUCGCAGCAAAGUUUUUCGCAAUGGCGUCUUUUAAAACAAUGCAAGAUCUUAUUUUAUAAGCCGUACGUCUAAUUUCAUUGACGAUGAAGAAUUUUUUGUGUCGUCUGACCUUUUCGGGUGGAAAAUGCACGUGCUUUAAGUACGAACAUCAUUCAACUUUCAACCUAAUGAGAUGACCGAGUGUCUGUCAGAGUCAGAGUUUAAAUUUCAAGUGGAAAAAGAGACAUUCUGAUGUGAUAGCUGUUUUCCAUAUAAAGUUUAUUUCCUCUAUAUUAAAGAUAAAUGAUUUGCCUUACCUAAAUACGUACAAAUAAAUUUAUUACUCUCGAGUUCGCUCGCUCGGCCUCCACAGCUGUUGUCAUUCCUCGAAGUAAAAACCAUUCAUUAGUCGAAUUUUUAAUCAACAUCGCUUGUUAGGAGAAAAAAGGAACGAUACCUGAAUUUACGAGGAUAAGAAAAUGAUAAGGACUUCAAAAAUCGGUUAAAACAGUGGAUUUAUAUCUGCCGAAGCUUGUGGAUUGCAGGACGACGUGAUUGUACUUUGUUUGGCGUCGUCGACGACACCACGACGACGAAAUUUACUGGUCGCGCUUGCGCAGUACACUGUAACUUACUUCCGGUCGUCGUCGUGGUUCUUAAGUUCCGUAUUUAAGGUGGCUCGACUGGAUUUUUCAGGGACUAUACCUCCUCACUUUGAGCGUUUACCGCGUCGGCAUUAACAAAGAUAACGCCAAAAAGUUGCCACAGUUGCACUGUAUAAAGAUAAAAAUUUGUUAUGAUCCAUGUUUUAUUGACAUCAGAGUUACCAUGGCAACAUAAUGACGCCAUUACGUUUUUUACCUGCCUUUGUAUUUUUUCGGUACUAGGAUUUAUUUUUUCAGAAAUCGCUUAAGGGAACUUGUACCUCCCUUUGUUGCCUCGGUUGUGGCAAAGUUUUAGCCUGCGAAAACAUCCGUUUCUCCACGCUCUUCGCCGCUGGGGACGUUUCGCGCGGGGGAACGUCUGCGACUCAGCGACAGAAAUUCCAUACUGAUGACGUAAAAUAUGUCUGGAAUUCGGUCAGAAGCCCUGAUUGGUCGAAAGAGUAGUUACAUUGUUUUAGCUAUUGUUUACGAAUGACAGAUAAAAGACAAAAGGCCACAAAGGUCAAAUGUAAACGCGAUGAAUCUCUAACAAAACAGUCAAUAUUUGUGGAAUAUACUCUUCUCUUGAACAGGCAUUUGAGUUUUGCUGAAGCUCGUUCGCAGAUGAACACAACACUUUACCAAAAUCGACCAGGAGAAACGUAAAAUUGAAUAAAUUUGCAUUUGGAAUUGAACCCCAUGACCACCGGAUUUAUUAAGCAUUGAUUUGCGUCUCGUCUCACUUUUCAUUGGGUGUUUGAAACCCUGAAAUAUAGUUCUCUGUUUUCUUAUUUUUUUCUGAAGGCAUAAAAUGCCCGAGAGAAAUUUCAGGUGGAGUGGAGUGGUCAGCUACAGCUGGAGGAGGCGGGAAUAUCAAACCUUGUCCAGAUGGGGCCCGUGGUAUGUUAUAUGUUUAGCCAGUCAGUUUACCAAGACGUAAAUCAAUUCGUGUUUGAACGCCUCCUUGUAAUCUACAUCUUACAAGUAGAAUUAAAUUUCGACCCACUCCCCAUAAAGCCUCCUGUAGCUCAGUGGUUAGCGCCUCCGGACAAGACCUCGGAGGGCAGACUGCGCGAAGUCGAAAACGCGCCUCCUUUACAUCCUUAAUUAAGGGGGGUGGGGGAGAGAGGAAGGAUUUUUUUGUCUUUUCCUUCCAAGAUUUAACCUGAAUGUUUGCAAUGCUACGAAAACCCCUUCAUCUAAAUACGCUUUUGUUUCGAAACAAAAUAACGUUUUUACUUCUCCGAAGGAACCGCAACACGAAUCUGCACUAACAAAGGAAUGUGGUUGAACGCAAACUUUACAGGUUGCAGCUCUGAUACAUUUAUCAAGUUGGCGGAUGCA